AUGAAGUUCACCAUCGCCCUCGCUGCUCUCGCCUCCUUGGCCGCUGCCACUCCCCUCGACGCUUCCAGCACUGGCUGCAAGCCCGGAACCUACUCUUGCACCCCUGACAAGACUGGCUGGCAGGUCUGCGAUGUCAACGGCAAGUAUGUUGCUGCCGGUGUCUGCCCCCCCAAGACCUCUUGUGUCUUCUACAAGCCGAGCGGCAGCCCCUACUGUGUCCCCCCUGGAUUCAAGUUCCCCAAGGCUUAA